UUUAUGUAUCCCCUAAUGCAGCUGCUGCCGUGCGAUAACAUGCAGCUUCUGUUGGAGCCACUGAACCAGAAAGUUACGGCCAAGAUCCGCAGCCUGUACGACUGCCAGCUGCGUUUGAUGCACAACAUUCAACCACUACCUUCAGGAAUUGACAUAGCUAACACAGUUAAAUACUUCUCACAAACUUUGCUAAGUGUCCUGAAGGAUGUACCGCGUUCUCCUUUAGAAAUGCUACGUGACGCCGACAAUGAUGUGGACCGAAUGACUUUAUACCCAAACUUAGACUACAAAGGGUUAUUUAAUGCCAUAUCGCAAUUGGUCGACUCAGCAUCUCAUUUGCAAUAUGGGAUACAGGCAUUCGGCCAAGCAGUCCUCCAGUGCCUCGGUUGUUUACUGCCAUUCUUAGAAUAUGAUAUGAUAGACAAUCUGCCUUAUUUAGUCGCGUAUUGCGUAGCCGUUUUGCCCGUCACGCUGCAUCAAGCGAUCCUGCAUCUGCUCUGCUAUUAUAUACUGCCAUUUACGAUAACACGAAAGUACUCGGGACAAGAAGAAGAAAGCCAAGCUUCACAAUCUGUGGCCGCAAUUAUCAUGAUGGUAUUUCAACAUUCCAGUAAUCCAGCUCAUCACUGCCAGUUACUAGAGUGCCUAAUGUCAAUGAAACAGACUGUAGUGAAAGACAUCCUGUGUGUGAUUGCGUAUGGCACGUGGGGUGCACGCGUGUCAGCCGCCAAACUGCUGUUUUACUACUGGCCUCCGUUCGAUGCCAAACUCUUCGACCGAAAGGGCCUUCUCUGCAAGUUUUCAAAUGACCUAGUCCCCUUUCUGUGCCAACGGGACAUGUGUCCGAACGCGGGUACCGCGGAGGCUGCCAAAGUGUGUUACGACCAUUGCAUUAGUGUCACCUUCGCAUCCGAUAGUCCGCCGCCGCUCUACCUCUGCAUUGAAUGCGCUAAUGAAAUUCAUAGGGAACAUCCGAACCAGCGAUUCUUCGACAUUCUCCAUCCUCAACAACAAGUUUCCAUGGUCUGUGAAAAUAAGAACUGUCGUUCAGCUGACAAAGCCGCGUACUCCAUUUGUUUUUCAAACGAAUGUGCCAGUUAUAACGGAAAUCAUCCAAUAAGGUACUGUCAACAAUGCCACGGCAACCGGCACAACAGCCGGCGUGGCGGUGACCACGUUGUGCACACGCGACUGCCGCCAGCAUGGCAGAUGGACAGCGACAUGCAGACAAACCUCGUCGAGGCGAUCAUUAGCCUCCUAAAAGAAGCUAAACCAAUCAAUAUGGAAGACCCGGACAGUUAUUCGGAAUCACUAAAACCACCGCUCAACGUAAAUCUGCCCGAUCCUAUAUCCGUCGAAGACAGACAACUCUUGGGCAGGUAUGGUGUUUGGUUGAUGGUAGGACUGUGCACGCCCAAUCCCGACACACCGGACGAAGUCCUCGGUCGUCUAUUAUCUGUACUCUUCCACUGGUUUCAUGUCACUUCGUUCUCUUACACAGGUGAAACUGCGAACAUGGUCGAGAAGUUAAAAUCCGAGCAUGUGUGUGGUUGGCUCCGUAACAUAUCGGAGACACACCGCACUGUGCUUGUCUCGUGCCUGCUUCCGCACCCACCGCACUACACCCGACAGGCCGGCCAUUGGGACAAUCUCGCCUCCAAAACGCAUCAUCUCAAAGAUGGACUGAAUAGAUUAUACUGCCUGAUCCCAUACGGCAUUAUAACUCAAUCGAUAUGGGAUUACAUAAUGCCCGCGUGGAUGGAAGCCAUAUGUACAGAUGUUCCGGACAAGGAAUUGCUGGAACUAAAAGUGCCUUUAGCGAAAAUUCUAGAACCUGACGGUACAAUGGUGGGCAUAGAUGAAAAAAAUCUUUAUAAUUUCGCUGUGACUAGAGUUACCACUAAACCGACACCCGAUACUGUUAUGCCAGUAUUAGAAUGGUUUCAGACAAUAUCUCUACUCGACGUGAAGAUACCUUUAACGCAACUUUUUGAUUUGUUCAGCCAUUGUGUUGUUAAUUUGCCUGAUAAAAUUACUAGAGCUCCAGAGCGCAAGCCAGAAAUGCCCACGAACGUUACGGAGAAGGAAUUGAAAGAAUACGAUGAAUACAUGAAACCACAAAACUUGACAUGCAGCAUACUGAUGCUCGAUGUACUACUGAAGCAGAUGCAACUGCAACAUCGUAGAAUCAACAUCCAAAACGUGAGCAGCGAAACCACAAGACUUCUACGACUUAUGUUGAAAUCUAAUCAGUCAAUGACCAACGAACAUAGCGAGUGUAUGCAGGCGGCAUGUCUAGCGGAGGGCGCCUGUUCUUAUUGCGAAGGGGCGGCACUGUGGCAUCAACUGGCCGUGCUGUUAGUGCGCGCCUUGGUUCCCGACAAACCCAAGCCGGCUCCCGAGCAUUGCGAUCUGUAUUUCGAUCAGAACAAGAAGAUGAUGUUGGAGGACGAGCGAAGCAAGUCCGGUGGUACGCCAGCCAAUUCUGUCGACGCUCUCAUGUCCGUGGCGCACGCAGACAAGGCCUCCGUAGGCGGCGUAUUAGUACAUAUGCCUCAUUUUGUUCAUUUCAUGCAACUGUCACUCAUAAGCGACGUUGGUUCGGACGCCACACUGACUAAAUCGUCAGGCGAUACGCAAAUAAUGACGGCGACGGUGGAAACUAUAACUGAGCAGUUGGACAUGGCGGUGUCGCUUCCCUCAGCUGAGACGCCAGCGAUGGCCACCGCGCAUACUAUCACGCUGACGGACACUGAUGUCGCUACGGCUACCGCUGCUGUGUCAACGCCGAAUCUUUUGGGCGAGCACGAUGUUGGCCCAGAGUCGGUCGAGGAUGACAUGACAAAUUUUUGGCCGACGUCGGCGGGUCGAUUUCAAUUUGUCAUCGAUGAGUUGCCACAAGAACUGCAGUACAUACACCAACUAUUACAGGAACUAAAGAAUACAUCCCGACCCGACGUUUUGUACCACUUGCUGCAAUGUCUCCAUGUUUUGGUGUUAGAAGUCGACGCUCUUGGCGAACACCGCGGCUUUCUGCUUUGGUGUCAGGAGAAUUUACUUAUAGAUAAUCUAUGGAACGUAUGUGACGCGAAGGACUCUCAUAUAUGCUCAGUGGCGGUACCGAUUUUGCUGCACUGCGUGACCUUGUCCAGCGGUGCUGACGUUUUCUGUGCGCUCAUUCGCGAUCAGUUCCACCAUCGCGAUCAUCGCGUACGGUUCACCGCAGUCGAAAGAGUCACUGUAAUUAUUAGAUUUAUGGACAAUUCUCCGAUAAAAACCAACUUGCCUCUACAAACAUCUUUGGCGACUGCGUUUUGCUAUCUGAUAUCCAGCAUGGAUGAUAUCAAUGUAUAUGUGGCUCAAAGAGCUACACUUUACAUUGGUACUGUCCACGAUACCGCCGUUGAGCUGUUAUUAUAUUGCCUAGAGACCCAAUUUGACUUGGUAAUCGUGGAUCGACCUAUGGUGCUACAAUCAAUUUAUCAACUGCACAAUACUUUAAGCGAUCGUAAAAUAUUGAGUUGGGAAUUUUUUCUAAAUAGAUUCGAAGCGUUAUUCUUAGAGGCACAAAUAAAUUCAAACAAAACACUGGACUUUGCAAAUUUAAGAGAAUUAGUGAGUAGCGAGACGAGUUCUGAAUGGUUCCUUUAUAAAGUGCGGCGUGCACACGAAGCCCUGAGCGUGUCCGCUCGGGAUAGCAACGUAAAUACACUUAGCGCAUCAUUUGGCACAAAAUGGCCGUACAAACGCACUAUUUCCGCUCCGGCGACAAUGCCGCCCCAUCCUGAUACGAGACAUGGUAAAAUUCAACAAAAUAAAGUUAUAUCUUUAGAAAGAGAAAAGGUGUAUUCGCGACAAUAUUCCGCGCCUCUUUUGAAGCGGAAAACGUCCAAGUUCGGACUGGGACAAUUGUUGGCUGCCCCGCAACCACUUAAUACUGCGCAAAGGUCUAACAACACACACGAAGGAUUUCAUCCGUUAUCCGGUCGAUCGACGGAAGAUUCCUCUUUUGUUGUACCAAAAGCAGUUGAUCUCGAAGAAGCUGACAGAGAAACAACAAAUUUGUUGGUGUUCUUACUUAUGCAGUUCCUCUCCAGAUCUGACCAAGCACACCCUAUAGAAGAGAAACAGCCAGCUAGAGUCCAGGAAUUGGUUUUGAAACAUCUUUUCUUAUUACUGGGAUAUAAUGUAACGGAAAAAUUCUUUACAAUAUCACAACAAUCUAUGCGGCAAUCGUCGAUAUUCAAUGCUUUUAUGGCAAACCUGCCUCAAGUUUUAGACCAAAAUUAUAUUAUGGGAGCUCAUAUUUCUGAUCCCACUUUACUGGUUUUGCAGUAUUGCAGUGGACCUUCUCCAGGCGGUUCUGUGAAUCCAGCUACGCAUUCAUUGGCACUGCUCGAACCGCACGUUCGAAGGCAUUGGCUAAUGGCACUUUUAGUAAUUCUGUAUAAGUAUCAUUACAGUAACGGAAUGAUGUGCCUACAAGUACAAUCGCUAGUACGCAUAGUACUCAACACUGUAGAGGCACAGUACCAUCAAUGUAAGCGAAUACCUCCUAUGAUUGUUAUGCCUCAAGCACGCGCUAGAGAUUUAAGCCAGCCCUCAUUAAAGGCUGAUCAUGACCCACCGCCAACUACUUCUGCGGAGCGACCAGCGACUAGUCCACUUCCUGCGCUCGGUAAACCGAAACUGCAACAUAAGUCGCCUGCGCAUAUGCCCACACACUGGGAGCAACCGACUAAGAGUACUAAGUAUCAGCAAUGGAGUUUAGAACAAGAAUCUUCAGAAAGCGAACUUAUAGCGAUACCAGAAACAAGCGAUAAAUCAGAUACUACUGUUCACGGCAGUACCGCACCUGGAUCAUUCGAUGAACCGUCUCACUACGAAGACCCGCCUAAAGUGGAUACACCAGCCACUACUUCACAUCCGCCACUUAGCAAAAUUGCAGCCGUAGGCUCGCGGUCUGCCUAUCAACUCUCUACCAGUUCUUCUGUAUCUAUAGCAAGCGAUUCAUCCAACUUGAAAUCGACGCCUAUGAGCGGACAAUCAGUGGAAAUCUGGCCCGAUAAUUGGCAUGGACAACAAACUUCGCCACGAGUUAAAAUCAUGGGUAAACAAAAGAGAAUAAUUGUUGGAAGCAGCACAUCGCCGGAUACCGCGCCGUCAUCCAACGGCGACGGGCCAGUAUACGGCCAGUGGCCGCCUAGCAAAUCACCCACUCAACAUCACAUUAAGAGCCCAGUGAAAGGCUACGCGUAUGCGUCGCCCGAGUCGCCACUGUCCAAGAUGGAGGUGGCUUGGAAUGCAACGACGCCCGUCCCGCCGCAUCAGCCCCAUCAGCCUUUUCACAUCCCCCCACCGGAAAGACUUCUUCCAAUCGGACCUAAACCAAACAAAGAACAAUAUCCCGUAUUCAACGCUUUAGUUGAUAGAGUACGAGAAGCGCUCAAUUUACCACCUGACGAUUCAACAGACAAGACUGAUUCGAGUAAGUCAGAGCAAGAGCCGACUCCUACACCGACUGGUAGACCGCAGGAGUUAAGCAAGAAACUCUCGUCUGAAGGCAGCAGGUCUCGCGGUGCAUCGCCUCGGCGCUUGGCGCGUCAGGCUGCCCAGCUUGGAUCUCCGCCAACACCCGUGCCGUCUGCUGCUGAAGCCAAUGCUAUAUCACGACCACUUAGCACUGAGAGCGGAGAUGGCGGCGGGGUUUGGUGGGACGAUGCCACGCGGAAGGCACGACGUGCCGCGCACGCUAGCUCGGCGCCUAAACCCGACACGACCAUGUGCUAUCGAUGUGCGGAAUGCGGGUCGGCGGUGGAGCAAUACAGCGACGAGGAGCUUGGACUCAGCAUAAUACUGUUAGCGACGUUCGUGCACAGGGAACCGGCUGCGGCAGCCGGCAUGUUACCCUCUCUGCUGCAUAAUGUCAGCAGAGUGGUGCAGUUAGGAAACUACGCGUGGCAGACAGAGACCAACACCCGUCUUCCCGGGAGUGCUGUCUUCGUGGCGCACCAGUUCCUUAGAACCGUGCUACACCAAUUGGCGCCUAAUAAUGUGUUCUUACAGAUGUUUCUACAGCGGACUCCUGAAAAACAGCGGCUGAUUUUCUUCAAAAGCAUUGCACAGGCGUUCGUCGAUUUCAACGAAUUAUAUCCUUGCGGUCCUCUCCAAUUAGUUGUGGAACAUUUGAACUCGAAAAAAACACUGCCUAUAGACCAAAUACCUAUAAUAGCCGGCAACAUGGCGAUGUAUUUGGAGUGCCUGGCUCCGGAAGCGCUCGGGCCGCUCGGCGCGUGCGCAGCGUUAUUGCAGCAAAUGGACGCCCUGUUUCGCAGCAUUGCUCUGCAACUGCCGCAGCUCGAUGACGUUAUGCCGUUGCUGAGGGUCGCCACCGCAGUUUUAAAGAUACCCCACGCUGCACAACAUAAGGUACCAUGUUAUAGUAUCUUGGAACCAAUAUCCAAGAUCAUUAGUUAUGGCAUCCAGAACUUUGUGCUGAAACUGUCCAUCAUCUCUGAACUGAGUGUGGUUUGCGUGCGAGUCUUCAGUCGGGAUCGAGAUAAGCUGCUUGUGUGCCGAGUACUUGUCUACGAGCUCGUCCAAGCCCUACGUACCAAAACUACGAUACCUGAUGACAACCUCUUUAUUUUGAUACAAUUCGUCUUACAAGGUCACGGUUGCACGCUGCUGUUGCCGCCACAGUUGAAUACAGGUGACCUGCUGACAGCGGGGCCAAGUGGCGCCGAGGCACGUGACCUUGGCAGUGGCGCUGUAGAUUGUAUGCGUCCGCAUCUGCCUGACAUGAUCGAGCUUCUGCAAGAUCCGCAUUUACUCAAUAAGAUAAAGGGCUCCGUAUCCAAGUCGAUAGUAAAUCGCAACCUUAUUUGCCUGAAUGAAGACACUUUGGGCGCAAUCGUGAAAGGUGGAAUAGCGCAGUAUGUAGCCGUUGAACUUGCGCUAGAACUGGCCCGUGGCAAGCAGGGCACUGGACCAGGAGCCAGGAAUUUACUUGGAUCCGUCACCACUUCAAUUCUUGGAGCUCGUGAAGUUUCUGAGUGUGUAACACGCGUACGUUUGAUAUCUUGGUUGCUAAUGGGUGCGCUGUGCAAUUCGCGUGGCGGUCAGCACCCACUGCAGCAGCCCGUGCCGCAAGAUGCCACCUGUCAUAUCACUGAUCAUAUUCAGACCAUAAUGUCGUCGUAUGUGGAGCAGACCAAACCGGCGGCGCAGCGCAUGAAUGCAUUGUUCCACGCAUUCAUCCUGUGCCAGCUGUGGACGUUGUAUCUCGAGGAGAUGGCCAAUAGCACCACUCCAAGCAGCGAACCUCAUAACACCACCGUGUGCAUCCUUCUCGAUUUCUGGUGCAAGCUCGUGCCCAGUAUCCUGCAAGUUACUGUGCAAUCUAAAGUGCUGGCGGAGACAGUGAACCUACACUUUCUGAGCCUGCUCGAGUCCCUGCUGGAGUGUAACUCUACUGUCCUCAACAAGCUGCUACCACUCUGGACACCUAUACUUCACUCCCCUUUGUUUAGUAUGCCGAGACACGUGUCUCAGCGUCUGGACGCUUGUCGCGAGGUGAUGCCGGAGCCGGUGCGCGCGUAUCCCGGUGCUGGCGCGUCUGUCGGCAACGGCGUCGCCGCGGGCGUCGAUAGCACCGGCAAGGCCUCUCGUGCGCAUCGCCGCCUGCACCGGCUGCUCGCCAAAAUGGCACAACUUGAAUUGCAACCUCAGUGCUUUUACUUCAUAUAAAAGCACAAAUAUCCGCCUCGAAUACCAUACCAAGAAGCAAUAUUCUACUUCAGUGAUAUCUAUAUAAAUAGUUUAGUGAUAUUAUUCGAAUAUUUAUUUACUUUAUUUUGCAUUUGCAAUGUUGUGUUAAGUGUUUUUAAUUUAACAAUUUGUAUGUUUUAGGAUAGUUAGAAUGAUUAGACAACUUGUACAACAUUAAUUAUGAUUUAUUUUACUAAGCUCCGUUACGAAAAAUAGUAAUUUAUUUGUUAUAUAAUCUUUUAUCGAAUGUUGCAAUAUAAAAUUUUACAUAAAACGUCUUAUUAAUUGGUCGAUUGAAUGUUAUUAUUAAAUUAUUGUAAAUCAAAUACACUUUCUUCAGUUCAAUCAAAGCUCUGUAAAACUCCACUAAUAUAAGUAAUGAGUCAGCGUUUACAGCUUUAAAGGAAUCAUUUACCACUAUUGCGCCUAAGAAACUA